GUGCUCUGAAGCACCUGGAGCACUCCCAACAGAAGGACUCCAGUCUGCCUCUCUGUCUCUGGCCAUGGCCUGCUGGCAUUUGGCCCUUCUUCUGACUGGGGCCCUCCUGACAGGCUUGGCCCAGCCAGACACACUGCUAGUCUUCCCAGGCCAAGUGGCCCAACUCUCCUGCAUACUCAGCCCCCGCCAUGCCAUCAUUGGGGAGUACGGCGUAUCUUGGUAUCAACAACGGGCAGGCAGUGCACCCCGACACCUCCUCUACUACCGCUCAGAGGAGGACUACCACCGGCCUCCUGACAUCCCUGACCGCUUCUCAGCAGCCACGGACGCCGCCCACAAUGCCUGCAUCCUGACCAUCAGCCCUGUGCAGCCUGAGGAUGACGCAGAUUAUUACUGCUCUGUGGGUUACAUAUAAUAGGGAUGGAGUGCGGGAUGAGUGCCUCUUGUCUGCCUCUCACUUCUGCACCCUGACCUUGGGCCCCUCUCUAACUUUCUCUGAACCUUGAUUUUCCUCCUCUGUAAGGUGGGUUAGUAAUAUUAAACGUGAACAAUAACAUUC